AUGAGUUCUGAAGAUCCAUCUCUAUUCAGUGACUUCGAUGAAAGCAUCAUUGUGUCCGCGGCAAGGGAAUUAUUUGGGUUGUAUUCAAUGAAAGAUUCUUUGAUUUUUAUUAAUCGACCUGAUGUGAUUACACAUACAGGCAUGAAAUUGGAAGACUACAGGUUUCGAUUGAUGAGACGGACACAGACGUUGGCGGAAACAUGCUAUUGGUUAGGUCAGAAACCUUUUGGGACAGUAAAG